GUGCCACUGACGGUUCAGUUCCAGAUGCAGCUGCUUCGGUGGCCCCUGGCAGCCAGUGCUCAGAACCAGGAGAGCGUGGCCACAGCAGUGGGGAGCACUCAGUGAUGUGUCAGCAGCGGAAGAGGGCUGCGUUCUGCACCAUGGGCACCAGGAUGAAGUCCCUCGUGCUCUACACCUUCUCAAUCACGCUGCUGGUGUGUUUUCUCUGCUUGAAGAAGGAGGCAAAGCUGUCAGCGUCGUCAGAGGACCAGAAAGUGGAUGUAGCAAGUCACAAACCCAAGUCUGUGCUUCUGGACAAUGGCUGUUUGCCAAACCUGACUCUUGACAAUUCUUCUCUCGCCCUCCCGGAGUCUCACCGCGUCUUCUUAACAUACAAGCACUGUCGGAACUUCUCGGUCCUGCGAAAGCCUUCCAGGUGUAGCAAAGAGGUGUUCCUCUUGCUGGCCAUCAAGUCUUCCCCGAUCAACGUGGACCGGCGGGUGGCAAUCAGGAACACAUGGGGAAGGAAGAUCUCCAUUGGUGGCAAGCAUGUCAGGCUGGUAUUCCUUCUAGGGCACUCGGAGCCCAAAAGCCAGGUACAAAAGCCCCUGCACCAGCUGCUGGCUUAUGAGAGCCAGGAGUUUGAUGACAUCUUGCAGUGGGAUUUUAUUGACAGCUUCUACAACUUGACCCUUAAGGAGCUGCAUUUCCUCCGGUGGUUUGUGGAGGACUGCCUGCAUGCCAGGUUUGUGCUGAAGGGUGAUGAUGAUGUCUUUGUCAACACUUACAACAUUGUUGAGUUCCUGCAUGAAUUAGACCCUGAACAGGAUCUCUUUGUUGGGGAUGUGAUUGCCAACGCCCGUCCCAUCAGGAACAGCAAGGUCAAAUACUUUAUUCCAGCAUCCAUGUAUGCAGCCACCUUUUAUCCUCUCUAUGCGGGUGGAGGAGGCUAUGUCAUGUCUAGGGAGACAGUGCGCCGCCUCCAGAGCACGGCAGAGGACACAGAGCUCUUCCCAAUAGAUGAUGUGUUUGUGGGAAUGUGCCUGGCAAAGAUGGCAGUGACCCCAAAGAACCACGCUGGCUUUAAGACUUUUGGGAUCCGGAGACCUUUCAGUCCUUUUGAUCCAUGCUUUUACAAAGGACUGAUGGUUGUGCACAGACUAAACCCAACUGACAUGUGGAUCAUGUGGACACUGGUAAAGGACAAGAGUAUCAGGUGUGCGGUGUCCUUAACACGGAACUAUGGAAGGGUUUGGAAAUGAAGCUACUGAUGAGCACAGCAGGAUUGUGACUGGUGACAGAUAACAGGGUACUUAAACUCAAAAUCAGGUUGUGGUAGAGACGUGUCCUUGACUAACAGACUGUACUUGAGCCAUGGGGUUUGUCUGCAGGAAGUCUUCUGUCGGUGGGUUACAGGAGCAGUUGAAUUGUCACAUGGUGGGGAUGGGGCCAGUAGCUUGCUGGGACAUGGAGCAGGGGCUCAGCUUGGUUUCUCCCAGCCAGACUGGAGCUGGGGAAAGUCACAACUGCCACAGGGAUGUGAGUGAGUGGCCACCUGCUAUGGAGGCUCCCCAAUACCUGUGGCUGGCCACCGAUCAGCUUCCUGUCGGGAAGUUCGUGGUGACUAAUGAGUGACACAGCACUUGAAAUGACUUGAAGGAGUGGAGGAAAGGUCAGUGUGUGCUGCUAGGUCUGCUGCUGCCCCAGGCCAGCAAUCCCAAAGGUCCUAUGGGACAGAAGGAGGGAGUGGAGUGAGGGAGAAAACACAUUAAGGAUGGAUUCCACAGCAGGGUGAUCCAAGGCAUUGACUGGGCUCCCACUCAAGCCCUUUGGAUUUUACAGAAGUUAAUUUUUCCUUGCACUGGAAGCUUUUGCACAAACACUUUCUGAUUGGGUUUGAGAGGAGUAGUAUGUCUUGAAUAAUCACAGUGGUAGGUGGAGUGGCUGUAGCUUUCCAUGUGGUGUGGGAGGUGUAUUUUGUUGUUGUAAUGUUGGGUAUAAAUAAAAGACAGCUUUGAAAAGUG